CUGGCCCGGCUCGACGGCGGCCUCGGCUUCCUCGUGCAGCUGCGGGCCGACCUGCUGGAGGCGCUGGCGUCAAGGGAGGCAGAUGGGCCGCACGUCAAGGAAAUGAAUGGGGUACUGAAGAGCAUGCUUUCAGAAUGGUUCUCUACAGGUUUCCUAAACUUGGAGCGAGUCACCUGGCAGUCACCCUGUGAAGUGCUUCAAAAGAUUAGUGAAGCUGAAGCUGUUCACCCUGUUAGAAAUUGGGUUGACAUAAAGCGUCGAGUUGGGCCAUACAGAAGGUGCUACUUUUUUUCACACUGUGCAAUUCCUGGGGACCCAUUGAUAGUCUUGCAUGUAGCACUGACUGAUGAAAUAUCCAGCAGCGUUCAGGCAAUUGUGAAAGAAGUUUCACAUACGGAAAUAGAAGACAUGAACAAAAUCACUACAGCAAUUUUCUAUUCAAUCAGUUUGACUCAGCAGGGGCUGCAGGGUGUAGAGCUGGGAAAUUACCUCAUCAAACGAGUUGUUAAGGAACUUCAGGGGGAAUUUACUCAGAUAAAAGUGUUUUCUAGUCUGUCACCUAUCCCUGGAUUCACCAAGUGGCUUAUUGGACUUCUUUCUUCACAAACAAAGGAACUGGGAAGAAAUGAACUGUUUACGGAUUCAGAGUGUCAAGAAAUCUCUGAGAUCGCAGGAGGUCCUGCGGUUGAAACUCUAAAGAGGCUCUUAACUAACAAUGAAUGGGUGAGAUCCGAAAGACUGGUCCAAGUAUUGCAGUUGCCUUUUAUGAGGCUCUGUGCUUGGUACCUGUAUGGAGAGAAGCAUCGUGGUUAUGCUCUUAAUCCGGUAGCAAACUUUCAUCUACAGAAUGGAGCGGUGAUGUGGCGGAUAAACUGGAUGGCAGACACAAGCCCCCGGGGUGUUACUGCCUCCUGUGGCAUGAUGGUGAAUUACCGAUACUUCUUAGAGGAUACAGUCAGUAACAGUGCAGAGUAUCUCUGGACAAAGCGCAUAAAAGCCUCAGAGCAGGUACUUUCCUUGGUGUCACACUUUCAUCAACAUAGCAAACUUUAAAAGAUUUUAAGAGCAAACGCUUCUGUUUUGAAUAAAGAGAAUGUCUUGUGGCGUCUGGAGAAAUGAGAAUACUUCUGAUGAAAUGAGCUGCGUUCUCUAGUCAUCGUAGGGUGCAAAUUACAUCGAUUGUCAAUUGUUGUAAGUUCCUUUGCUUGCACUGCCAGAUGUGCUGUGGUUGAAUCACUGCCAUAUUUUUAUGUUCAAAUGAACCAGAAGAGUGUAAAAUGAGUGAGUAAACUCCUCUCAGUAAGGUUACAAGUCAGCAAUGAAUGACUUGUGGGGACUGUUCUCUGCCUCUGUCAUAGCCACUGCAAUCAAUAUAGUUGUUUUUAAACUGCAUCUUCAAAAGCAUUGAUGAACUCUGCUGCUGUCUGAUAUUACAGCUGUAGGGAAAUCAAUACCAAAGUAACUAGAUAAAAGUACUAGGUGGAGACCAUUUUUUGUUCAAACAAGUUAUUAAAACAGCAGCAUGUAACAUUUCCUCAGUUAGAUUGUCCCCCUUGCCCCAACUCUUUUCUGUAGAAGCCUGUUGAUCCGAGCUAUCCCUUUUCUUUUGCAACCCUGCAUAAAAUACAUUGAGCCUUUGCUGUUACCACUUUUUCCUUUGUGGUUCACUGUCCAGCACACUCAAGACAGUAGGGGUAUGUAACAAUAUGCUUGUAGUUUCUUCUCUUUCAGAUUUACAUCUUAAUAUGGAAGAGUAAAGGGUUCCAAGUAAGAAAAAAGGUGGUUGCUUAUGGUUUAAUUUUGAAUGUUUCUAAUAUAUUUAUAAUAAACAUCAUAUGAUAUUGUGA